UCAACCCGUACAGACAUGGACUCGCCGUCGUCGCCGGCACCAGCGACGCCGCCAGCCACCGGAGAUGAUUGUUUCGCAAAGGAAAAGUGGCGAUUUAAACUGCGGAAACCUUCCACGGCUAUUCAUCCAGCGCGACGAUGGCGUGUCGUUCGAUCCAUCGAGCCGCAACGGCGCAUGCGUGAUCGUGAUGCUGCACUGAUAUCAGCAGCACAUCGGUUGCAUGCACAUGAGCCGUCGCGCGUUGCUGCGACGCCCUGUAGUGGAUCCCUAAACAAGACGAUGUGCACACAAGAUGUUGAGCAGACUGUCCAGAAACCUUCCCCGGCUAUUCGUCCAGCGCAACGGUGGCGUGUCGUUCGAUCUGCCGAGCCGCAACGGCGCAUGCGUGAUCGUGAUGCUGCAAUGAUGUCAGCAGCGCAUCGGUUGCAUGCGCAUGAGCCGUCACGCUGUAGUGAAUCCCUAAACAAGUCGAUGUGCACGCAAGAUGUCGAGCAGACUGUCCAGAACUGUGAUUGGAUCAGUACAUUGCCAGAUGACAUCUUAAUCAAAAUUCUUUCCCUACUGACAGUAAGCGAUGCUGCAAUGACUGACUGUCUUUCUACUAGAUGGAGAAGCCUCUGGAAAAACGUUGACUGUCUCAUCCUUGACCUCUGUAGUCUCAGGAUGCCAGAGUCAGAAAUCUGUGAGUACCAUAAAAAACCGUGUCUGUGGGAAGAUGAAGUAACAAAAUUUAUCCGCAAAACGAAUGGCUUUUUGCGCAAUCAUUAUGGCAAUAGAAUCAAGGAAUUCAUUGUCAGAUUCCCAUUAACCUCAGCCCAUGCUUCCGAGCUGGACAACUGGAUUCAGUUUGCAGCUUCAGCCUCUACGGAAAAGCUCUGCCUUGACCUUUAUGACAAGAAUCGCUCGAGUUGCCUUGACCUUUCCCGUGUUGAUCCGUAUAACUUCAUAUUAUCACCAUUUUCAAAUGGGAGAGGUUGCCGGUUGGGCGAGUUAACUCUGGCCAACUGCAGUUUAGGAACAACGCCUGAAAAUCUCAGUGGCUUUGCUUCUCUUCAUUUCCUUAAACUCAGCCGUGUGUCAUCAGCUGAUGCAGCUGUUUCAAAUAUUAUUUCCAGCUGCUGUGCUCUCCGAAUCUUGAUUAUAGAGUUCUGCCAUCAAUUGAUUCAUUUGACGAUUACUUGUUCACGAUUGCUGAAUUUGACUGUCGAAUUCUGCUAUGACUUAAGUAGUGUCUGUAUUCAUGCUGACAAUCUUGAGGAGUUCAUGUACAAGGGACACGAGAUAAAUAUUGAGUGCAAAUGUGCACCAUUUCUUCAUGUACUCCGUGUUCAUUUCCAGGUGAAGGGUGAAUGCCUUCUAGACUUCAUAAGUGCGCUUCCUAAGCUUCCAAAGCUGGACGCGCUGAUCUUGCAAUUUACUGCGCCUGUACAAGUGCCUCGUGCCCUGCGACACACUUUCAGGUUUGCUAAUUUGAAGAUGGUCGUCUUCUUUCUAGUGGAAUCUUGGAAGGAGUGUAUUUGCUCGCUUGUGUAUCUCCUUAAAGCAGCCCCGUUACUCGAAUACUUGGGGGUACAUGGGUUUUCCAAGCUUAAGGAACAACCUAGUGAGCUCAACAUGACAUGGCCCGAGGAUAUGACGUUUGCGAGGCUCAACAUUAUCCUAAUCAAAGGGUUUAGCGGAGAACCGGAACUGAUGGAGCUCCUCUACUUUCUGCUGAGAAGGGCGCCCGCGCUCGAGAGCUUGCAACUCGAGACGCGUGCAAUGGAGCCAUUUUUCUUCAGGAAGGAGAAGCACAGGUCGGAAGACGAAGAAAGGUGCCGUUACGCCACGGAGAUGGCCUCGACCCACCUGGCUCCUAAGGUUCCGUCCACCGUGGCGUUCAGCAUCACCUGACCCUUCCGUGCUCGCUGAAAAACGCCGCGGCUGCUGCAGAUCAUCAGCGAACGAACGACAGAAGGUACUACAUCGUGCCAGUCACAUGCUAUGCCGGUCUUUCAUAUCACAAAAAGAAAAAACUAUACAUGGUUGAUUAGCCUUCUCGGCUUUUUUGCUGUGCAGCUAGAGUCUUUACCUUUCGGAACCAAACAGGUAGCGCUAAAAUUUUUCGUAUAUAAACCGCGGUGUGGAUUCAGUUCCCCGUUACUGCGGCCUCGAA